CGAAUACGCUGCCUUGAUCCAGUCACACCUCGACCAUCGAAGAAGAAGCAACAGGUCUCGUCGCUCCGGAAAAAAAGAAAGAUUUUUAUUUAAUUUCGGUGCUGACCACCAGACGGCAACAUGGGGUCGAUCUUCCGUAGCGAGGAUAUGACCCUGUGCCAGCUCUUCCUCUCCAGUGAAGCGGCGUACAACUGCGUCUCAGAACUGGGAGAGAUUGGCUUGGUGCAGUUCAGGGAUCUUAAUCCAGAUGUAAACGCCUUCCAACGCAAGUUUGUGCACGAAGUUCGCCGGUGCGAUGAGAUGGAGCGCAAGUUGAGGUAUCUGGAGACCGAGAUGAAGAAGGACAACGUUGCCAUUCUGGACAAUGGCGAGAACCCAGAGGCACCCCAACCAAGGGAGAUGAUUGAUCUGGAGGCGACAUUCGAGAAGCUGGAAAACGAGAUGAAGGAAGUCAACUCCAAUGCCGAGACACUCAAGAAGAACUCUCUGGAGCUGACGGAGCUCAAGCACGUCCUGAUGACCACCCAGCUCUUCUUUGACGAGCACGAGGUACAGUCUACCAUGAACAUUGAACAGCGUGACUCGGAGCCUAGCACCAGCAUCACCCAGAACCUGCUGCCGGCCGAGGAGGGAAAGGGCCCCGUCCAGCUGGGCUUUGUGGCCGGUGUGACCCUGCGAGAACGCAUGCCUAUGUUCGAGCGCAUGCUGUGGAGGGUGUGCAGAGGCAAUGUGUUUGUGCGUAGAGCUGACAUUCAGCAACCCCUGGAAGAUCCUAUUACAGGAGAAGAGGUGUUCAAGACCGUCUUUAUCAUCUUCUUCCAAGGUGAACAGCUGAAGACUAAGGUCAAGAAGAUCUGCGAGGGCUGCCGCGCCACCAUGUACCCUUGCCCCGAGGCCGGCGCCGAGAGGAAAGAGAUGGCCCAGGGUGUCAAAGGGCGUCUGGAUGACCUGACGACGGUUCUGAGUCAGACCACAGACCACAGGCGCCGUGUCUUGGCUGCUGCAGCAAAGCACUUGCGCACAUGGUUCAUCAAGGUGCGUAAGAUCAAGGCCAUUUACCAUACACUGAACAUGCUGAACCUCGAUGUGACGAACAAGUGCCUGAUUGCCGAGUGCUGGAUACCCACCUCUGACCUUGGAGUCAUCCAGGAUGCUCUUCGUAAAGGAACAGAGAGAUCUGGCAGCUCUGUGCAACCGAUUCUGAAUCGCAUGAAGACUCACCUGAAGCCGCCGACAUUCCAUCGUACAAACAAGUUUACUUCAGGCUUCCAGAACUUGAUUGAUGCUUAUGGUGUGGCUACUUACCGUGAGGUGAACCCAGCACUUUACACCACCACCACCUUCCCCUUCCUGUUUGCGGUGAUGUUUGGUGACGCUGGACACGGCCUGCUGAUGUUGGCCUUUGCCGCCUGGAUGGUCAUAAAGGAGAAGUCUCUGAUUGCUGCGAAGAUGAGCGGAGAGAUCUGGAACAUCUUCUUUGGCGGUCGUUACAUCAUCCUGCUUAUGUCCUGCUUCUCCAUCUACACUGGCAUCAUAUACAAUGACGUGUUCUCCAAGUCCUUCAACAUCUUCGGAUCGUCGUGGCACAUCAACCCCAACGCCACCGUCGAGAACCUGGAGCACUGGGAGGAGCUCACGUUGGAUCCGGCCUAUCGCGAGGAAUACUCCGGCAAGCCCUAUCCCUUUGGGUUCGACCCCAUGUGGCAGAUUGCUGUGAACAAGAUUGCCUUCCAAAACAGCUACAAAAUGAAAAUUUCAAUCAUCAUUGGUGUGAUUCACAUGAUCUUUGGUGUUGUAGUUUCUCUGUAUAACCACACGUUCUUCAGGAAUUACAUCAGCUUGUUCUUUGAGUUUAUACCACAAAUGAUCUUCCUCAUUGGCAUGUUUGGGUGGUUGUGUAUCAUGGUGUUCAUCAAGUGGAUAAUCAUCCUGUGUAUUAUCUGUGUGCCACUUAUGCUCUUCCCAAAACCUUUCAUUCUGAAGGCCAUCCACCAAAAGAAGAGGAUACACCGUAACCAGGAAGCUAUUGUGAAUGGAGAGCUUGGUGGCGAAGCAACCACAAGUGGACAUGGAGAAGAGGAGGAAGAGUUUGAAUUCAGUGAGGUGUUUAUCGAACAAGCCAUCCACACCAUAGAGUUUGUCCUGGGCUCCGUGUCACAUACUGCCUCAUACCUCCGGUUGUGGGCUCUGUCACUGGCCCACGCCCAGUUAUCUGAGGUGUUAUGGAACAUGGUCAUGAAAAUUGGUCUUUCACAAAGUUCUUAUACGGGUAGCAUCAUGCUGUAUCUAAUCUUUGCUGCAUGGGCGGCCCUCACCAUAAGUAUUCUUGUGCUGAUGGAAGGCCUGUCGGCUUUCCUCCACACCCUCCGUCUUCACUGGGUGGAGUUCCAGUCCAAGUUCUAUAAGGGAGAAGGUUAUGCCUUUACUCCACUCACCUUUAAGCACAUUGUCAAUGGAGAUGAAGAAGAGGCAUAAAUCCAUGUGAUUUAAAUAUUCCAGGUGUAUUGAAAAUGAAAGAAGAUAUAUAAAAUGUUUUAUUUAUUCAGUUAAAUAGCAAUGAAAUAAUUUUUGUGAGUUUUGGGAUUCCUGUUAUAUGGUGUAACUUUUUUCAGCAGUGAAAUAGAAGUAUGUAUUAGCUAACAGAAAUUGACAGAAUCUUAAAUAUUUAACAUUGAGUCAAAAUAUGCUUUCAAGUAGUCCCACUAAGCCUGUAUAACAAAUAUAGAUGAUUUUAUUUUAACUUAUAGAAUGAGAUCAAUAAAUCACAGUUGAGAUAAAAAAAAAAACUAAACGUUGUGUCAGAUGGUUGUUUUGUCGCCCAGAGGGGAUGUUGACCCUCUGCCGUUGACUCUGUAGAGGUUCAACAUCUUUGCUGGUGUGAAGUGUAUUGGGUUUUCUUGUCUGGGUCACAUACAUGUAAACUAAUUCUCCCCAAACAUUCAACAAGCGAAAUCAGAUGAGUGGAGUUCGAUCAGGUCUCAUUUGGCUUAUUUUAUGUAAUUGGUAUUAAGUUUUGGAUUUGUACAUGAAUAAAUUCUUAAAUUA